AAUAUGCACUGGGGUCUGAUACUGUGUUUGUAGCGGUUUAUUUCAUAUGUCGUCUUGUUUGAACAAGAGAGGGAAAACAAAUUUAAUCUCUAUAAUAAUUAGUCUCUCUAUCCUCUCCCGUCGCUCUAUCUACUAAACCGGUUUAGUCCGUGCACUGUACUAGCAGCGCUUUGCCCGUGACGAGGGAGAUUAACGACCUAAAAGAUAAAAGGAAAACAUCACCAUUGGAAACGUUUUCUCUGCGUUUUCUAACAGGUGUUUUCUGGCUGCGCAUUAGCGCGGGCCACAACCACCUGCGUCUGCGCCACUCUUCAUGUGCAUGAUCCCUGUUUUUGUGGGUUGGUGCAAAACGGCUUUUAGGGAAACAGCUGCGCGUUAGUUAUGAUGCUGGAGAAAUGCCACUAUUUGUGCUGUACGAGAGUGGAACAUGUGUCUCGUCAUUUUUUGUUGAGGACUGUUUUUUCUUUCCGGAGAUAAGAUGCACCGUUACCGAGCUACGCCCAACAAAACCAACAGAAAAAAUAUCAACUUACAGAACAUUUAAUAGGCAUCAUUUUGAAGAAGAGUGGAGGUACUUUUUUAUGCACUGACUGCAUUUUGAAUUCAUUAUAUUUAUUUCACAAUUAACGAGCAAUGACUGCGAUUUGCAUUUGAGGAAUCUUUGGAUGACCACUGCUGCUUGAGAAAGAUUUCCAAUAAAACAAUUGAAAGGGGUAGAGGAGAACAUUUUUCAUAGUCUGGAAGUUUUCUCCGGAAACCCGUCAAACUGGCCAUGGCUGCAGCGUUAGCCAGCUCCCUUAUUCGGCAGAAAAGGCAGGCGAGGGAGCGGGAGAAAUCUAAUGCCUGCCGCUGCGUUAGCAGCCCGAACAAAACGAAGCCAUGCGAGAAACCGAGCAGGCUGUCUAUGUUCUCUCGGGUCAAACUCUUUGGCUCCAAGAAGAGGAGACGGAGGCGACCAGAACCCCAGUUGAAGGGGAUUGUGACGAAGCUGUACAGUCGACAGGGCUUCCACCUGCAGCUGCAAGCCGAUGGCACCAUCGACGGGACAAAGGAGGAGGACAAUGGCUACACCAUAUUCAACCUCAUUCCAGUGGGGCUUCGAGUGGUGGCCAUCCAGGGAGUUCAGACCAAGCUCUACCUGGCCAUGAACAGCGAGGGCUUCCUGUACACAUCAGAACACUUCACCCCGGAGUGUAAGUUCAAAGAGUCGGUGUUUGAGAACUACUACGUGACCUACUCCUCCAUGAUCUACAGACAGCAGCAGUCUGGAAGGGGCUGGUACCUUGGUCUGAAUAAAGAGGGGGAGAUAAUGAAGGGAAACCAUGUGAAGAAGAACAAGCCAGCAGGCCACUUCCUUCCCAAGCCUUUGAAAGUGGCCAUGUACAGGGAACCCUCCCUCCAUGACCUGACAGAGUUCUCGCGCUCCGGCAGCGGCACCCCCACCAAGUCCCGGAGCGCCUCGGCCGUGCUCAACGGAGGCAAGACGGUGAGCCAGAACGAAUCCACGUAGCCGGGUGGUGGCGUGGCAGGCCGGGGCGGACGUUAAGAAGAAGACACCUUACCUCCAGAAGAGCGUGACUUCCAAGCAGACUUCUCUCUCCAAAACCAUUGGUGGUUCAGGACAACUUUACGACUACUAAACACCACCAUCAAUCAAUAACCACACUCAAUUAGGUUCCAUUCAAACUGUCUUUCUUUAUCUUUCAACAGCCAACCAAAUUACACCAUGGACUUUGUUUGCAAAACGCUAGGCUAUUUUGAAACGCCAUUUGAGAACAACAUUUUCUGUUGGCGACUCUCUGGUGGUAAUGACUGUGUACCAGUUAGCUAAUCUUUUAACGUUUCUUACUUCCUGCAGAUAACGACUUGUUUUACUUAUAGUUCCUGAUCAUAUAGACACCUACCCGGCCAUAUCCUACCCGGCAGGCAGGUAGGUAGAGAGGCAGGCAGGCGGUCAGGGCAACCGGUGAGGGGCUGCAGUGGGUAGAGAAGUGCCCUGUUUCUGUGUGUCAUCCAUGAUGCUUCUGUGAAUACGAAGCCGUUCCCCAUGAGGGAGUGCAGCCCUAGCGAAGCUGCAACCGCAGCCAGAUAUAACAGUAGCUCUCCUGCACACGCUCAGAAGAGAUUUGAGCUCUCUAGCAUAAAACAAAAAUAAAGGGAAAAGCGUGUGGCACUCUGAGCGACGACACCCGAGCUGCAACUUUGCUUGCUAAUUUUCCAAAUUAGCGGAGAGCUUUUUUAUUUUUGAUUGUUUUCUCCCUCUUGUUCUCUCGCCCUCCUCAGUAUUUGUGUUUUUGUAGCCGUCUCCACAGUUAAAGGGGUUCCAGCACACCAAAGACAGAGCUGAAAGACUGUCCCUUUAAGCAGUCAAGCCAAGCCAGUAUACAGGCGCAGCUGGAGGUGUUGAGUUAUUUUUAAAAUUGUACAUUUUUGAUGAGAGAAAGAAAGAAAAGUGAACAAAGAGAAUGAGGAAGAAAAGAAGUAGGGAGGCUUGUCAAUGUUCUAGAAAGUGUUUUUGCUGAAGGGAAAGAGACUAUUUAUUGUUGGUGAGCUCUAGGGUUGAGUUGAGGUAUGAAUCGACUGUAUAAUGUCCUUUUGUUUCUGUUGUGUUACAUUGUAUUCUGUCUUCGGUCCCCAUGUUCUGUUCUCCAGUCCAGUGCUUGUGUCAUGCCUUGCCCCCUCCCCUUUUGUUGGCUCUUAUUGGCUGAUUCAGUUCACCAUAUAAGGAUAUGGUGAUGGCCCCCACCCAGGACGUGUUUCGUGUUUGAGUAACUUAUCGUAGUGACAAUUUUCUAAAUAAAUUUAAAAAAUACUGUGGAAUUUUAGGUGGCUUAAACAUUUUAUAGGAUAUGUCAUGUUUGUAAAAGUAAAAAAAACGUCCCUUUCUUGCACAAAAACACGGUUGUGUUCAAAGACGACCCUUUUUGUGGGCUAAUUACUCUAAGUUUCCCUUCGGCUACAUACCUUGUUCAUAUGGAACAUGCUACUGGGAAGCGUGUUUUUUUUUCUCUUUCGUUUCCUUCGUUUUUUUAGGUGAACCUCUGUUGCAUGGGAGACAGUGGGGAACUCUGGACAACAGAGCUAUAGUGCAUGAUGUAGGCUAUGUGUAUUAACCCCGUAUUGGAUCAUGUGUUCCCGAACUACCAGGAAACAACUGAAAAACAACCAGUUCAGCCUGCUACCUUCCAAGUUGUUUAUUAUUUGUUGUCUGCACAAAAUGCACUGAAUAAAAUGUUUAUAUUAAGAUAUA